AUGGUCGCCCUCGAAGAUGUCGCCGGGAGCUUGCUCCAAAAGCCUUCCGAUACCGCCCACCAGGUGCCCUCCCGAGCUCCCUCCUCCUACAAGCCCCUCGACUCUUUCGCCCUCGAAAAGCAGCGAAGCUACAAGCAGCAAUUUGGCGACAUGUACUUCCUGCGCCUCACCAAGAUCAAGCCCGCUGUUGACGAGGUUGCUGCCGCAUCAUGGAGCGAUACCGUCAUCGCCGGCGAGACGGCGAAGCGGGUCCCGCGUGUCCUCGAUGUGCGCCAGGGAGAACUGUGCUGGGUUACGGGAACAGUUUACAUGGAUAUGUCUCUCAAGCCCAGCAUUCUGGAGGAUGUGUCUAAAGACCGCUGGAUAUCUGCCCCCAUCUCGACCCACAAGUACUUCUCCGAAGACGGCUCCGAUCAAACCAUGCUUGAAGACGAAUCGGGUCGCAUCCGCUUAGUCGGAGAUAUGCUGAAGACAAUCCACCUCGUGACAGGCUGCAUCAUCGCCGUCAUGGGAACCGAAAACGCCAAUGGCGAGCUCGAAGUCAUCGAUGUCAAGUUCCCCGACCUGUGCCCGCAACCCGAGCGCUGGACCCUAUCAAAACCUGCCGCUUCGAACGGAACCACAAAGAGGGAGGUCAAGGAUGAAGACGAGGACAUGGCUGACGCCCCGACUAAGUCGAGUGGCAACAAGAAGAUUGCCAUCGUGUCCGGCUUGUCCUUCUCCGGCAACGAUGCCUCCCAUGCACUCGACCUCGACAUCCUCGUUGAAUACCUACUUGGCGAGGCUCUAACUCCUGCUGCGCAGACCGAAAUCUCCCAGAUCAGCCGGCUCAUCAUCGCGGGCAAUUCAAUCUCCACAACCGACCGCAAGCCAGACGCCGCCACGGAUGAAAAGAAGGCCAACAAGAAGUACGGUUACGAUGCGAACUCCUACAAUCCGCUCCCCUCACAGCUGUUCGAUAACUUCCUGGCCGAGCUCCUCCCUUCCAUGCCUGUGACACUCCUCCCCGGCGCCGAGGACCCGGCCAACGCCAGUUAUCCCCAACAACCCAUCCACGCAGCUAUGUUUCCCUCGGCCAGAGCAUACUCGAAGGGCCCAUCGAGUCCUGCUAACCAACCUGGCUGGUUUGAUGCCGUCACAAACCCCUGGGAAGGCGAGGUAGAUGGAUGGAGGAUCCUGGGUACAGGCGGCCAAAACGUGGAUGACGUCUUCAAGUAUGUGGACAGUGAUGAUCGCCUCGGCAUGAUGGAAGCUAUGUGCCGCUGGCGGUGCUCUGCUCCAACUGCCCCCGACACGUUAUGGAGUUACCCGUUCCAGGAUGAUGACCCAUUCGUUAUGAAAGCCUGCCCGCAUCUUUACUUUGUUGGCUGCCAACCGCAUUUCUCAACCAAGGUGAUCCAAGGUCUCGACGGCCAAGAAGUGAGGCUCAUCACGGUACCCUCAUUCGCGGAAUCCAGAGAGCUGGUGAUUGUGGACACGGAGACGCUCGAGGUGGAAAAGGUCAAAAUAUCGGCAGCAUGA